AUGCACCUCCAAAGAGCACAGGGCCGUGUGCGAAACAUCUUGGAGCAAGCCCGGAAACCAUUUGUAUCCAGUUCUAUUCCGAUGAGCAACCGACCCAAAAGGUUCCUCAUCGCUAUAAUUGUUGCAUUAGUUUGUGCCACUGUCGGUGCAGUUGUCGCAACUGGAAUGUCUGCAGCCAACUCUAAUACUGUCCAAAAGCUGGAUAUGGAAAUCUAUGCGCUAAAGCAACACAUUAACGAUAUUCAUCAGGUGAUACAAUAG